GAGUCUGUCAUGCUGCUGCCAGGCCCCUAAUGCCAUGGGCCCCUAUAUACCGCCUCCUCCUGCUGCUGCCAAGUCCAGAGUCUCUCAUGGGUCCCUGUACGGCCUCCCAUUGCUGCUGUCUCCAUCGCCACACUCUGCUGCCAUGUGCCACUUUCAGGUCAGGUCUCUUCACACACUGCUGGUGUGUGUUAAAUUUUUUGACAUAGGGUGCAGGCAGAUUACGGGCCUCACAUAGCUGCUGCCAGGCCCUAAUCUGCCAUGGGCCCCUAUAUACCGCCUCCUCAUGCUGCUGCCAAGUCCAGAGUCUCUCAUGGGUCCCUGUACGGCCUCCCAUUGCUGCUGUCU